AAAAGUUUUGUUUUUGAUCAACGUUGUCGUAAUUUCUUUUGAUAAAUCAAGACGAGGGAAUAAAUUGUUAGCGUAAAAAUGCAGGAUUUGGUAGCGCCGGUAACUCAUAUAAAAUUCGAAAUGGAAGUAGCUCUAGAUCAGCAACUAGGGUCACAACCUCUUCCAUUCCCUGGGAUGGACAAAUCAGGGGCAGCGAUAUGUACAUUCUACCUAAGCAAUGUUUGUAGCAAGGGAGUUGCAUGUCCAUAUAGACAUGUCAAAGGAGAUCGAACUGUUGUGUGUAAACAUUGGCUUAGAGGUCUGUGCAAAAAAGGAGAUGAUUGUGAAUUUCUUCAUGAGUUUGACAUGAGUAAAAUGCCUGAAUGUUACUUCUUUUCCAAAUUUGGUGAAUGUAAUAACAAAGAGUGCCCUUUCCUCCACAUUGAUCCAUCUGCAAAAAUCAAAGACUGUCCAUGGUAUGACAGAGGAUUUUGUAGACAUGGUCCCAACUGCAAAAAUCGUCAUGUCAGAAGAAUUCUGUGCCAGUGCUAUCUCAAUGGAUUUUGUUUAGAAGGACCCAAGUGUAAAUAUAUGCAUCCCAGUUUUGAUAUUCCUGUGUUUGAUCAGCAAACAACUACCAAGAAAGUCAACAUUGUGUGUCAUUUUUGCUCAGAACCUGGUCACAAAGCACUGAACUGUCCAAAAAUGAAAACAUCAGACAGUGAUAAAAUCAAUGUUAUACAGACCACGAUGGACACUGGUCACAAUGCCCCCUACCCUCAGCCUGGAUAUGGUCACCAUGUACAUGUACACCUACCCUACAAGCCCCCAUCCGGCCAGGAUAACUAUAUAGACCCAAGACGACCACUCGACCAAGUGACAUGUUUUAAGUGUGGAGAGAAAGGACACUAUGCUAAUAAAUGUCCAAAGGGCCAUCUAGCUUUUCUUGCUUCGUCCUCAGUCAGCUGAUUGUGAUAACGUGAUGAAGUGAAAUAUUCAAAUUUGCUGGACAUCGCUCACUGAUGCCAUGGUGUUAUUAUUAUGGCCUGAUGAUACACCGUAAAAGCUAAAAGCAAGUGUAUUAUCCAAAAAUCAGAUGACAUACUAGUGAUAUGAAGAAUGGAUUUACAAGAAUAUAGAAUGCAUUAAUUUGAACUUUCUUAAAAUGAAGAAUAUUUGUACUGUUGAAAAAGAUUUCUUAUCUAAAUAUUGUUUACUAGAGAUAUCCAUUGCCUAUUUUUUAAUAAAUAUGGAAGGAAUUUGUA